UCGUGUGUAGACAUUUCAAGGGCCUGUUGUGUGUAGCUAUCCGCACAAGAACCUGGUCAUAAUGCCUUGCCUGGUUAUUGAUUAACAGCCAAGAAGACUUAACAUGUCCAGAGAACCCGGGGCCUUUGUAUACACAGUCAGGCUGUUCACACUAAGGUGUGGUCAUGGCCGUUUAUUGCAAGUAGUAAAGAGAGAAUGGACUGAGUUAGAGGGAGAGAGAAUAAGAAGAAGGGACGUCAAAUCAGUGUUAACAAGCAACAGUUGAACUAAUCCAAGGUAAAUCUGGUGAAGGUAAAAGAUUUGAUAAUAUCUCAUCUGAACAUUGAAAGUGGUGUCAACAUGAACAAUAACCAGACAUCAGGUCCCCAGUAUGUGAACUAUGGAUUUCAAGAGGCGGCCGGAACUGAGGGAAGAGCCUCUGCAAAUGCUUCUGCCCCGCAGAUGCCCAACGCCCCCCUCUCUAUUUACCCUCAGUACACCCCUCAGACCAUCAACACCCACCACACGUUCACCCCUGGAUUACCACAUCCUGUCCCAGUACGAAAAGUGGUGAAGAAAAGUCGCUGUAAAUGUAUUGUGGCCUUAAUUCUAAGUGUCUUAGUUCUCCUUGGGGCAGCUGGAGCGUUGGUUUGGUAUUUCUUGUCCUACCAGUGUGUGUUGGGGAGGUCCUGUAGCGAGGGAGGUGUGUGUCUGAAUGCCUCUCAGUGGUGUGAUGGCAUCAGAGACUGUCCAGGAGGAGAAGAUGAGUCACAGUGCCUACGCCUUCAUGGGUCUGGUUUUGUGCUGCAGAGUUACUCAUCAGACAGUCAGAUGUGGAAGCCAGUGUGUGCUGAUAACUGGAAUGACAACAUUGGCAGGGCCACCUGUCAGCAGAUUGGAUACAGCAGUGCGUCCUAUGUUCGGUUCUCACAAAGAAACCCAGGCUCCUUGGCCGUUGAUGGCUAUAUGAAGCUGUCAGGCUUUGACCCUCAUUCCCUUCUACAGGGGCAGCUAACCAGCAGUCCCUACUGCUCAUUACAAGCAGUCUCCCUGCAGUGUAUUGACUGUGGUGUGAGUGUCGCGCCCACUAGGAGCCGUAUUGUAGGAGGCGACAUAGCGGUGAGCGGGGCUUGGCCCUGGCAAGUCAGUCUGCACUCCAACUACCAGCACCAGUGUGGAGGCUCCAUCAUCAGCCCUGAGUGGAUCAUCACUGCAGCCCACUGUGUAGAAACAUACCAACACAUCUUGACCACCAAAGUCCAUUUGAUGUCACAAAGCCAUCCAGUACUUCAAAAAUAUCCUCAUGUUGUCCUGGUUUCCAGUGGUUUGCAGAAGAGGAUGUCUUCCUUAAUUGACCCCCCAUAAACGUAAUGGACAUAUACCAGGAGCUGUGCCAGGCCUGACAAGUCUG